AUCGUUUCCACACGGCUCCAUUGAGCGAACGUACACGUAAGGUUCGGUUAGGUAGUUUUCUUUAUUACGCUUGAUUUGCUGGGCGUUGUUUAAACUAUAAGCUGCGGGUAAAUUUUCUCUUUUGUGGCACUAUAUUAAAAACAUUCAGCGAUCAUGUCCAAAGUUGAUGUUCGGCUCCGAAUUCUGUGUAUUCACGGCUAUCGGCAAAGCAGCGCCUCUUUCCGAGAGAAGACUGGAGCUUUGCGAAAACUUUUGAAAAAACAGUGUGAAUUGGUGUACAUUGAUGCACCACAUGCAGUCCCAACUAGUAACGAUAUUGAGUUGCAAGAAAAGACUCCAAGUGUUGGUGAUAAUCAGAGUGGCUGGUGGUUCUCUGAUGUCCAGGAUCACAGCUUUGAUGCCAGGCAAGAGUGUGAGAGCAGCUUUGGAUUGGAGCAGAGUUUGGAGGCUGUGCGGAUGGCUGUGAAGAACCUGGGUCCCUUUGACGGCAUCCUGGGCUUUAGUCAAGGUGCUGCCUUGGUAGCCAUGCUGUGUUCUUUGCAGGAGCAGAAACUAGAUCCUAUCUUUAACUUUCGGUUUGCCAUCCUGGUUGCUGGUUUCCGCAGUGCCUGUGCCCAGCAUCAGUACUUUUACAAGGGUGUGAAUAUCAUGGUGCCCUCGCUACAUGUGUUUGGGCAGGAUGAUAAGGUGAUUCCAGAGCAGAUGAGUCGAGAUUUACUGCCCCUUUUCAUCGGAGCUGACAUCCUCACUCACCAAGGUGGACAUUUUGUCCCUGCUGCAUCUGCACACAAGCACAUCUACCAGGAGUUCCUAAAGAGAUUUUAAUAAAAGCAGGACACACGUACAAAAACUACAGCCAAAGUCUUUAUGAAUGUAAUUUAAUAUGAGGAAACCUAAAGUUUGACACAUGUCCAUCACACCCAAAUGUGCUUUUUGAACAUUCCAUUCCAGAUGUCCCUUUUGCUGCUGAAAUCCACAAGAGCAUUAGUGUGCUCAGGCAGUGAAUUUGUUAAAGGUUGAAGUCAGGGCUUUGUGUAGGUUGGUACCUUACCAUAGGCCCCAUAUGGGUUUGAUGAUCGGGUGUCCACAAACUUUUGGCCAGCCCAUGAAGUGUGCGUGUGUUUAGUGGUCAUGAGAAGUGUUGCUUAUAUAUAUUUUACUUAUUAAUAUAGGAGAAUUUUGUCUACACUAAGAAAUUGAUAAUUUUUUUUUUUACUAGAUCUUACUAGACUACAUGUCUAAUUUUGGAAUCAGAAUCAGGUUUAUUUGGCAAGUGUGUUGACACACACAAGGAAUUUGGUUCCAGCUGUUUGUGACUCUCAGAAGUACAGACACAAAUAACACUAUACAAGACAAGAUAAUACAGACUAUACAAGACAAUGCUGUGAUACAAUAUAGACAGUACGAGUAUUAAAUAUGAAUACAGAAUAUAUGAUUGAUCAGUUAUGUACAUAAAGUGUGAUAAGUGCACGGGAGUGCAAAUAACAUUAUUGUGCAAUAUUAUGCUUUUGUAAAAUAUGCAGCAGCAGUAGUGUGUAACAUAUACGGAUGAUGUCAUGACUGACAGUUCUGAUAAUGCAGUACUUAUGAUAAGAAGCAGUGAAUAUAAUUAUGGUGAGUUGUUAAUCAGGAUGAUUGCCUGGGGAAAAAACUGUUACUGUGUCUGGCAGUUUUAGUAAGCAAAGUUCUGUAGCACCUGCCAGAAGGAAGGAGCUCAAAGAGGUUGUGACCAGGGUGUGGAGGGUCAGUGGUGAUUUUUCCUGCCCGGUUUCUGGUUCUUGUAUCGUACAAGUCCUGGGGGGUGGGUAGGGGGCCACCAAAUAUUUUUUCUGAUUUUUAGUGAAAGUAAAUAAAAAGAAAGAAACAAUUUCUACAGAAUAUUAUAGCAGAGGCAUUGUGUAUAUUGAAUGAGUUUAUUUUUCAACUAAGAUAAAAUCUCAGAUUGAAUGUUUCUCUCUCUCACAUACACACACACACACACACUCGGACAGAGAUGAGUUUAAAGGGCAAAAAAUUGUAAUUUAACUAUAAAUUUGCUAUUUUUUCUACUGCAGAAGUAACAAAUCCAUUGUACGCAUUUUGUGAGCGUUUUCACCGAGGUUUCACCGAGUACUUUCACUGAGGCUGGAGUUAUAAGCAUAAUGCGGGUAAAAUGGUCUUUAUCUAUGUCAUAUGUGUCAAACUCAAGGGUAAUGUGGCCCGCCACAUCAUUUUAUGAGAGCUGAAAAGGUCUGAUUAUCUUAUCAUAAAUAAGUCAAAAGGGUGCAUUGACCAUAAACUACAUUUCCCAUAAUGCAUGCCGGCCAUGUGACCCGUGAAGUGACGGCAUCCCACCACUAGAUUGCAGUGUUUCCACAUCGGUGCCAUUUUCCGAAUUAAGAAAUACAAACAAUGAUCCCAAAAUGUCCAGGAAGAGAAAAAUUGAUGCAGAUGCAAGGCUGUUUCAAGAAAGAUACAGUACUACAACUUUGCUGCUUUUGAUUAUUGCCCUAGAAGGUUACACAAAAAUUAAACGUUUCGUGCUCUCUCUCUCUCUCUCUCUCUCUCUCUCUCUCUCUCUCUCUCUCUCUCUCUCUCUCUCUCUCUCAGUAAAGAA